CCAAUGGGUGCCACGAGAGUUGUUUUGGCUAUUGUGGUGCUUGUACUCAACGUAGCAGCAGGAUCGGGAGCAGGAGAAGAAGAGUGGUACGAGCCAUGUUCGACCGCAAGUUUCCAUCUUGAUACCCACGGGUACAUGUCGGUCUUCGGGACAAUGAAGACUUGGAUCUUUGACCACCGCGACAAGGACCCGAUCGAUUUAGCGGAAUACGGGAACCCAAAGCUCACUGUUCAAGACCUCAAGAACAAGCCUCUUCACUGGUUCAUACCUCUCCUAAUGGGCGAGGGGACUGCAAGCACCAAUUUAGCUUUUCGAAGCGAUAAUUUGUAUUUAUCUGGCUUCACCAACCAGAAAGGUGAGUGGUUCAGUUUCCAAGUAGAUGAGGAUCAUGAGUACGUGAUUCCGGGGUCGACAGUUUUAGGCUUUAAAAGUAACUACGCAAGCCUCGUUGGAGGUGGGCCGGGGACGGGUCAUGAACCUUGGGAGUUUUUAGUAGAUUUAGAUAUAAGUAGAGCUGAAAUCUUAAGCGCGAUAGCUGUCUUGAGUGAGUACGACCCAAGCACAACGCCUGACCACGUGAUCAAGUUAGCAUUAGCGAGGCUAACAGUAGCGUUCAUGGAAGCUCAAAGGUUUCCAUUUAUCAGGCAAAGGAUGUAUGAGUUGUGGGAGAAUGGUGGUCCAGGCACGCUCGGCUGGCGGGGAGCCAAACUUGUUGUGCAUUGGAGUGACAUAUCGUGUGCCCUUCGAAUUUGGGACACGAGAGCCGACAAGGCCAGAUGGGACAGUCGCGAAGCAGAAGGGUUGAAGAAGGAACCUCCCGUCGGCCUCGGCAUCGCUACCCCCGAACAAGCGCUGGCCGAGAUUUGGCCGAUUCUUAUCAGCCAGUGCACCGAGUAGUGAAAAGCACACGACUUUAUUUUCUUUACCAUACAGUUUAAAUAAAUGUACCGUAGUACUACUUGUAACCGCUAUAUGCACAAAGUAUCGAGAUGGUAUUUUCGACAUGUGUUAAA